ACUCCACAAGCUUUUCAUCCCCACCUGUAGAAACACAUAAAGAUCAUUCAUUUCUCUUAAUUUCUCCCCUCUAUUGAUAAAAGAUUCAAAAUUUAUGGCUGGGUUUGAAGGAUUCGAGAAGAGAAUCGAACUUCAGUUUUCCGGCGACGACCCAACCUCCGUCGGCGGCGACGGACUUGGGCUCCGGGGGCUUAGGUUUGAGUUGAUAGAGGAAGUACUCCAUGCGGUACAGUGCACCGUAGUAUCAGCUAUGGGUAAUGAAUACUUUGAUUCAUACGUCCUUUCUGAAUCAAGCUUGUUCGUAUACCCGACCAAGAUCAUAAUCAAAACAUGUGGGACCACUCAGCUACUCAAAUCCAUCCGUCCAUUAAUCGUAUUCGCUCGUGAUCUAGGGCUAUCACUCUGCGGGUGUAGGUACACCCGAGGUAGCUUCAUUUUCCCUGAAGCCCAGCCUUAUCCAUACACCAGCUUCGAAGAUGAAGUUAUAUAUAUUCAAGAGACAUUACCAAGCAACCUUAUUUACAAAAAAGCCACUGUCAUGCCGUCCAAGUUACCGUCGAUUUCUUGGCAUGUUUUCACGGCCAGCGAUCCAUCUCGGCCGGAGAACCAACCCCAACCGUCAUACUAUACCGUCGAAGUCUGCAUGACCCAACUGGACACGGUUCUCGCCCGGAAAUUUUUCCGACAUCCGACGUCCGACAAGACAGGAGACAUGUCUGGGAAAGAUAUGACCGUUAUAACGGGAAUAAACGAAAUUAAUCCAAAAGCAUUCAUCAGUGAUUUUGGAUUCGAUCCUUGCGGAUAUUCAAUGAAUGGGAUGGAUGGUGAUCGUUACUCGACUAUCCACGUGACACCGGAGGAUGGGUAUAGUUACGCUAGCUUCGAGUGCACAGGAUCAGUCCACGAGGAUGGUAAAGAUAUCGGAAGGGUUUUGAAGAAAGUGGCGAAAAUAUUUCGGCCGGAAACGCUUUCGGUGUCGGUGACCGGAGGAAGCCAGGGGAUGUCGGCGCGUGUGGCGAGGGCAUUGAAGACGGUGGGGUUAAAAUGUAGAAGUUAUGCAGACGAUGAGUUUCCAUUUGUGGGUCAGAUUGGAUUUCAGGUCUUUACCAAUCGCCUAAAAUAGCCAUAUAGAUGAUGGGAUGAUGACGUGGCAUAUAUCAAAUAAUGGUUCUGACGACGAUGAGUACGUACGUACGUAAGAGAGGAGCAGCAUGGGCUCUUUUUGUUUUUGUUUUUUUGUUGUUUUUUUAUUUUGUGUUUAUUUUUAAAUUAAGGUUCAAUUUUAAUUAGUUAGGCAAAGGAGGAGGAGAUUAUUAUUUUAGGCUUUUCAGCCUUUGAAUGCAUUAAUAUUUAUCAUUA